AAACCUUGUUCACGCGCGCGCGUUCCCAACCGGCGCGAGUGGGGAGCUGUCCAGCAAGAGAUUUGAAGUAGUCUUCUUGCCCGGCAAGUGCGGUCUCUUGUCUGUCCAGGAAUGAGAAGUGAUGGCCGGCUCUGCAACUGAGGAGAAAACCUUCCGAAGGUUCUUGGAGCUCUUCCUCCGAGAGAUGAGACCACCACUCCAGGAGAAUGACCCUGUCCCAAUGCGCCCUUUGUCUGACCUCACCUCGGAGGACGAAGUUGAAGGGGAAUGCCUCGAUAUGUGUCUUCAGCACUUGUGCAAAUAUAACUGCCCCUUCUCCCUGGCGGCUGCCCUGGCACGGGCUACGGCAGACAGUGUUCUGCAGAGUGACCUCUCCAUCUACCACAUCCAGAAGACCGUCGAGGAUGGAGUAGACCCUUUCCCCCAGAUUGAGUCGGUGGCCUUUGCCCGGCUCAUCUUCAAUAAGUUGUGUGAAACAUGCUGCCUGUGGCUGAAAGACUUCCCUUACCGCCGCCGCCCUCAGCCCUACUACGAGACCUCCAUCCACGCCAUCAAAAACAUGCGCCGCAAGAUGGAGGACAAACACAUCGUCAUUCCCGACUUCAACACCCUCUUCAACAUACAGGACCAGGAGGAGCAGGCCUUCUUCGCCGUGUUCGAUGGCCAUGGGGGCGUGGACGCCGCCAUCUACGCCGCCAACCACCUUCACGUCAAUAUGGUGCACCAGGAGUGCUUCAGCCAAGAUCCAGGGGAGGCCCUGUGUCGCGCCUUCAGAGUCACCGAUGAACGCUUCAUCCGUAAAGCUAAGAUGGAGAACCUGCGCUGCGGCACCACGGGGGUGGUGACCUUUCUAAGGGGACGGACCCUGUAUGUGGCCUGGCUAGGGGACUCUCAGGUCAUGCUGGUCAAGAAAGGCCAGGCCGUGGAACUGAUGAAACCUCACAAGCCUGACAGAGAGGAUGAGAAGCAGCGUAUUGAGGCUCUGGGAGGCUGUGUCAUCUGGUUCGGCACGUGGAGGGUUAAUGGCAGCCUGUCCGUAUCCAGAGCCAUAGGUGACAAUGAGCACAAGCCCUACAUCUCUGGCGUUGCUGACCAACACAUCGUCCCAUUGGAUGGCACGGAGGACUACCUGAUCCUGGCCUGCGACGGCUUCUACGACACAGUCAGCCCCGAAGAGGCGGUGCGUGUGGUCAGCGACCACCUGACGGAGAACAGUGGCGACAGCACCAUGGUGGCCCACAAGCUGGUGGCCUCGGCCCGUGACGCCGGCUCCAGCGACAACAUCUCAGUCAUUGUGGUCUUCCUCAGAGACCUCCGCGCGCCCCCGCCGGGAGAGGAGGACGAAGAGGGGGAGGAGGGAAAGGAUGAGGAAGUGGCGGAGGUGGAGGAGGAAGGUCAAGGGGAGAUGGGCUGCCAGGACGGGAGCACCACGGACGUUGGGGGGAAGGGUCAUUGUUUCCUGCAGCAGUGCUCGGCUCCAGCCGACCUGGGCUAUGAAGACCGCACAGACUCGCUGACAGACAGAACCAGCCUAGGCCUGCUGGGGCCCAUGCUGGGAGAGGAUGGUCGAAUCAGGCUCCCCCCUGCCUGCUCACACCCUACCCCCUCCUUAGCCCUCACCCAGAAUCUCAUGCCUACCGAGGGCCAUGGGGCGGCCUGGUUGCCCUGCCUAGAGGAGGGGCUCCAGGGCUCCAGGCACAAGCCCCAGCCUAAACCCUGUGUCCCUGCCUGCCAGGAACCCAGCUCAGACGGACAAUGGCCCCUGGCGGCCUCCCUGUUUGGCCACACGGGGAGGCGCACCCGGAGGAUGGAGUGCGUGAGCCCCAGGUGGGGGUGGGUGUCCCGGCGUUGGGGCCGUGCCCCCAGGGAGCUCCCUGGCCUGCUGCACUCCACCUGUAGUGUGCCCUACCCCCAGCGCUGCCCCGAGAGGAGGCCCGGGGUGGCCCUUCCCCACCUGCCCCACGGCAGCAGAAUCUGAUGAUGUGACCUAAUCUUCACUAGCUCCUCGACCUCCUGCCCCUUUCUCUGUUUGACUACAGUCAUUAUUUCAUUCAUCCAUCCAUCAUGAGUUCCCCAUCCAGGACACUGGCUCCACACCCAUACCCUCACAGCCCCAUUCAGGAGGCAAUCCACCUACCCCUCCCCAUACCCACACAGCCCCAUUCAGGAGGCAAUCCACCUACCCCUCCCCAUACCCUCACAGCCCCAUUCAGGAGGCAAUCUACCUACCCCUCCCCAUACCCUCACAGCCCCAUUCAGGAAGCAAUCUACCUACCUACCCCUCCCCAUACCCUCACAGCCCCAUUCAGGAGACAAUCUACCUACCCCUCCCCAAUACCCUCACAGCCCCAUUCAGGAGGCAAUCUACCUACCCCUUCCCAUACCCUCACAGCCCCAUUCAGGAGCAAUCUACCUACCCCUCCCCAUACCCUCACAGCCCCAUUCAGGAGCAAUCUACCUACCUACCCCUCCCCAUACCCUCACAGCCCCAUUCAGGAGGCAAUAACAAAUCCUGCUCCUGGCCCGUAUUGCAAACAAACACACACUGUACUGUACUUUCUGAUUCAUAAUGGAAAACACAUUAUCCGCCCACUCUAUCUUCAUAGAUGGGAGUACUUAAUACAGGAUUAUAAGUAGUGGUCACUUACCUGAAUAAAUCCAACAUAUAUAGACUGAUAUGUAUUCCAGAUGGGAGUACAAUAGAGGAUAAUGGCAUGUAGAAGGGAUAUUA